AUGAUUAUCAAUGGGUCCGCUGUUCCCGCCAGAGGACCGGUAUUUGUAUUAUGUUGCACAAGAUUUCUUUUUUCCUAUUAUAUGCAUUUAAGUACUAUACUUUAUACCAGAUUUUUGUUUUUACAACGUUCUACUUACUGUGAAGGGAAAAAAUGACCGAAGAGAAAGUAAACACCGAAGAUAUGUGGACUCCUUACAAGGAACUCCAGAGUCUCGUGGAACGCUACAUCACUUCAUCGCCAUCAACUCACGACCUUCAGUACCAUGAAUUUAACGAGGCCUUACGUAAUCACAAGCAGAAUUUUUUAACUCUUCUAAAAAAUCCACCUCCAAAUGUAAACAGCAGGGAGGAAAUAACAAAAGGUGCUACAGAUGGUAUUACACUCCCUGGCUUGGGUCAUCAGUUAUUGUCAAAGGAAUUGGUUGACGAAACCCUCAUUAUAUCGGACAUGUAUGAGCUCAAUGAAUUCAUGGCGUUGGAUCUUCUAUGCACUGCCCAACUGCAAAUGCCUCACCAUCCUGGUUUACCGAGAGGAUUAACAGCUAUUUUAUUGUAUUAUGAUGGAAAGAAAGCGCUCACGUCAACCUUGAGGAUGCUAAUACAAGCAAGAAUGGGACACAGUUGGAACAUUGAUGCUCCAAUUGCUCUUCUAAGACACAUUACGGAAUAUACGAAUAAAUUGCAGGAGGACGGUUUAUUAGAUAGGAUUCUAUCGCUGUUGGAGAAGAUGGAUCCUGUGAAAGAGCAGGAACUGUUAGAAAAAAAUCGAGCGUUAGGCGGAUCGAAGCAUCGGUACAUGGUCAUGAAACUCUACAACGAUUCUAGGCAGGAUUUGGCAGACAUACUAUAUUUGUGGUCCGCACAAUCCUCAUUGCCAAAUUCAAUCUUAUUUCGCCUGUUAACAUUCUUGCAAACAAAACAAAUUGAGCCGGAAGCGUACGAAAAUGGUGUGGAUAAAGUUACGCUUGCCAUUAUAAUGAGUGUGUUGAAUGCAAUCAAUUUUAGUUCGUUACAUAGUCACGAGAAUGGCGAAGAAUUGAUCAAUUCCAUGCCACUGAUCGCGGAAAGAGGAGCGCACUACGAACUAUAUCAAAAAUUAAUAUCGAUGAACAUCAACUGGGAGUGUGCCAAAUUACACGGGCUUGUACAAUUCGCGUUUGCAGUUGCUCUCACAACGAUAAAGGGCACGGCUGGUGUGCAGGUUUUACCGAAUAUCGCUACCGAGGACGAAAGACUGCUGGAAGCAGCUUUGACGAACAAAUGCUUUCACUUCAUGGCUGAAAUAUUAUUUAAGAACAAGACUAUAUACUACGAGGAAUUCUAUCUCCGUUAUUUCCAUUCUCUCAUCUCCGAUUUUAUAUUCCUGAUGCCUUUAAAAGUCAAGGAUCUGCGGAGUCGCGUGGACGAGUCUAUGCGUUUGAUUCAGGCAUACCAACAGGAGGGUAUCGAACCACCCUUGAACCUAGACAAUCAUUUUGAAUAUCUAAUGUUGACAGUGGCAGAAUUGUACAAAGAAGACCCUUUGAAACUGGAACUGGUUAUGCAAUACUGGUGUCAUCACUCUGGCCACGACUCUACGCACACGUCCGCUCCUACGUACAUUAAUCGUUUGCCAUCUAGACAAGUCGCUCUAUUUAAAUUCGUGCGUCUCGCCGGCGAGAUAUUACCAGCAGGAUUAUUCGUUCCAUAUCUUAAAAUGAUCGCGUCCCUUGCAUCUUCUCCGCAAGCGGCGCGACAAGCAUUCAAUUUUCUCAAGCCAAACGGUUCUUCAGUAUCGACGACAAUUUCCUGGGAUCACUUUUUCAAAUCUUUGAGCCAAUACUAUGACAAUCUCAGGAAGGAAUUGCCUCCCAGUCAGGAUACUGUUUACCGGCAAAGAAGCCAUCCGAAAGGCAUCACGCCCGAGGAGGUGAAAGGUCUGGAGGCAGUGUUGCUGGUUGUUCAGGUGAUCGCGAAGAACGACGAGAUAUCAAGAAUAGCGAUAUGCGACCAUCCAGGGUGGAAAGUAUUGCCGUCUUUGAUCGGUCUAGUCAGCUGCGGUAUAUCGAUCCCGUUGAAGAGCGUUUUAAUACGAACGCUUGCCGCGUUGGCCAGAUCGCCGGAGAGCUCGUCCACCGUGUGGCAAAGUUUGGAAGCUGCCCAGAUACUUUCGACCAUACCGACGAUAAGCAGCUAUCAGCCGAGAGGGGUUCAGACCGAAUUAGAGGAGAUCGAGUCGAAGAAGGACGAAUAUCCACUGACACGAGCGAUGCUGGAACUUCUAGACGUUCUCACGGACUUCCCCGUGUUACGAUUGCUGGGGAUGGGCCAGCGUAAUCCGGGUUUCGAUCCGUAUCUGCAUUUCAUCAUCAACACCGUCUUCCUGAAGUUUCACACGCGGUCGUACAAGAAUCCUGGCGAAAAGUGGGAAGUUGCCGAGGCUUGUUUGAAAAUAUUCUCGAAGCUCAUCAAGCAGUACGAGCCGGCUGUCGAAGACUUCGUCGGAUGCAAGGUGGAGCUCCAAAGCGGCGAAGUUACGAUAGUUAACUCCGCCCCUGGCUAUCACAUAAUGACGCAGUUGCACUCGAAAUCCGAGUUGCUUCACGUUAUACUGUACAUCCUCGACAAAGGUUGCAGCCACUUCGACACGUACGAACAAUUCCCUGGUAAGAAGAACCUCGAGAAUUGCACGUUGUACUGUUUGGAGAUACUGGAAAGGGGAUUGAAGACCCAGCACAACUACAUGGCUCAGUUGGCCGCUACGAAAUCGAUCCACAAAAUUCUGACCGGGCUGUCGAGGUUGCUCCUGGAGGUAGACCCACAGUCGAAGAAGCCUGAUUACAUGAUCAACGUCGCCAAGUACGUCUCGUACUGUUCUUGGCUCUCGCAGCACGCGUUCCACGCUGUCGGCGUGAUCCACGAGGUGACCAACGAGCCAGGAGCUGACUCCGAGUUACUUUCCACCUUUACAGCCACGCCCGCUCUGUCCACGAACAUCAGACAUGGUUUCGUCGAGUGCUUGGACGCGGACACGACGUUCGACGAAGACGCGGAGAGCGAGAAACAGUACACCGGCAACUGCAAGGAACGAAUUCUACUUCUGAUGAUGCAGAGUAUCGUACGACCUACGCCGAACCUCUCUCACUACCUGCUAGGAUUCGAGAUCACCAAAGACAUCAGGAAAACCGUCUUGCAACAGCCUGGCAUUCUGGGCUUUCCACGAACCUGCCUGCACUCGAUACUAGGAAUUUUAGAGCAGUCCCUCGAGCGCGGCCGCGACAAGAUAACCGAAGCCUGCUACUGUUUCCUCCACACGUUGGCUGCGAACAACAAGACGUCCGUCCCGGUGCUGAGAUUCCUGCGGGCCAGCGUGAACCAAGACUUCGUGCAGAGGCAUCUCUCGAAGUUGCCAUUCGAGGGACAGAACAAGGCGACAGAGCUCGGUUGCAUGUCCUGGUUGUUGAAAAUAGCGGCGAUCGAGCUGCGGGUCGCCGGCGGUAGCUUGCAGAAUUCUCUGGUUCAGCGGCUGGUUGGGAACUUUGGCCAAGAGAUGGGGCAAAUCGUGCCUUCGCAGAAACUGCUGAUGGACCUUCUGCACUACACCGAGUUUCAACUUCAGCUGGAGUCGCCAUUAUCACUGGACUUCUUCGACCCGUCGCAGGUCGAGAUGGCCCUGGGACGGUGUAGCACUCCGGUGACGUUGAUAGGUGGUCCCCGGCUCAUAGACAUAAGGAAACUGCAUUCCCUCAUCACGGAAGAGCUGGCCGUCACUCAGAGAAGCGCCACCGCCACCCAACGCAAUCUCAUGCAGCAAGAGGUGCAGAAGAUUCUGAUGUACGCUUUGAAGAAGAAUCAGACGAAACUGUUGUCUUACGCGACGGUGAAGUUCGUCGAGGGCUGGUGCCAAACGACGGAGAUAUUGUUCUGCGUCGCGACGAAUCAACAGCUACCUACGCCGCAGAAGCAGAACCUGCUGCUGAACCUGUCUCACGAUCUGUUGCAGAAGAUGACGACCUGCGAGGCGUUGAACGAGAUCAAAACCCUGGUGUCCGGGACGGUUCUAAUGUUGCUGGUGCAUUUGCGGAACAGUUUCCUCACGCAAACGGACGGCGAGUCGUUCCCCUCGUCGCCCUCGAACGCAACGAUGAUGAAGAUCAUCCUGAGCCACAUACUGCAGUGGAUCCUGAACGCGGGUGCCUCCUCGCAGAAAGUAAUAACCCACUUGUACGCAGCGUUGCUGAAUUUCCUCUGCGUUGUUGGCUUGGAGAAGUCGGAGAGCACGAACAUCAUCGACUUGAUGUACGUCAGCCAGUUGGACAGCUCGGUGAACAGGGUGAUGCCUGUUCAAGAACGGUCCCAUCGAUACGCGACGAUACAGGUAAUAAACAGCUUUGGAAACAAACUGAUGGACAUUCUCUGUCACAAUUGCUCGGGCGGUCACGACGUCUGCAAAAUGUUGGCGCUAUCUUGCCUGGAUAAAAUCUUGGAGCUGGAUCACGACAACGCUUGGAUCAUCUAUCUGGCCAGCCGUGGUUACCUGAAGCACAUGAUAGACAGCCUCCUGGAGUCUGACAACAUGCUACGGUGUAUGCUGCAGCCGGAGCCUCAGACGCUGCGGCCGUUGUACCUGUACGAAGCGAAAAUGGCCACGUUCUGUAGAAUGGCGUCCACGAGAUUAGGUGCGGAGAGUCUCCUGGAGAACAAGAUCCUGUCGUGCAUGUCCAACAUGCUCGUCUUCGACCGGCAUCCAGACGUUCACAUAGCGUUCGAAGGUGGCGAUUACUCGUUCAUACCGUCGAUUGGCCAGCGUUAUCAGCAGAUCUUCCUGCCGGCUUUGUACCUCUGCGACGCCCUGCUCACCACCCUCGGAACGGAGAACCAGUCGUGCGCCAUACAAGUGUGUAGCUUCUUGCAAAGUCACGGCGACAUUGUCAAGAUUGUUCUGCAGAACGCUUUCUCGAAGGCGAACACGCUCUUUCUGAAGGAAAUCGCCUGUCUCACCGGCGUCAUAUCCCGAUCGGCGAACGUCGACAUGUACAAACUAGUGGACGAGGAACUGGCAAAGUCCGAGUUCGACAACUGCAAGCUGGGGGACGUUGGCGGCAUGAGAGAGCUCCGUGCUUAUUUGUACGAAUUGCAGAGACUGAUGCUGUCGUUGUUGUACAAAUUUCAGUUGCAGCCGGCACCCGUUCGCCUCAGCCACGAGCAAACCGAGGCGAAUCAGCAGCACACUUCCUGCGUGCAGAUCGUUGCGAAUAUCAUGCUGUACACGCGCAAUCAGAUGCAGCACAGCCGAAUGGAUCAAAAGAUAAGGAACAUACUGUUCGAGCCUCAUCUGACCUUGAAGCCAGGAGGGAGGGAAGACAGAAUGAAGAAUGUAUCUGGCGGGGUGCAUCUGGGAACCAUCGUUGACCAACUCGUGUCUGUUACGAAUUUACUGCACGCGGAGUUGCCCCACAUCGACACUCUCAUCAGUAAAUCGGCCGUAAUUGGGGAGAUGAGUACCGCAGAGUUGAAGGAGUACAUGUCCGACGAGGAAGCGGAACUCGACGUGCAAAAGCAACGAGUAAUAGUGGAGCAACGACUGAAUCGCUGGGUGAAGGAAAAGCGUCAGACUAUAAAGUAUUGUUCGUUGAUAAUAGAACACGCGUUGUACAUUCUUUGGAGCCAUUUGGAUUUCUAUAUGAUACAAGUGAUGUCGCGGUACAGACGAAUGCGAGCGAGCAUAGAUGAGGAUAUGGUUGCGUGGAAGGCAUCGUCAGAAACUUUGAUGGAUUUGAAGCAAGGCCUCGUUUCUACGUUUACGGACAGCUUUGUCACACAGUUACUGGAUACGCAUAACGAAUAUGCAAAAAGUAUGUUGGAUCACAGCUUUGUAGAGGCUCUUGUCAGAAGGAUCAAAAGGCUGUUGCAGUUUAUAAUUGUACAGUAACGCGUCUGUAACUUUGAAAUGUACAACAUAUUUUUUUACCGUGUAUUACAACCGCCAAAACUCUCAGCAACAGUAUUUAUUACAACAAUUGGAUAGACAAAGAUUUUUCAGCAAAUGAUUUCUAUACAAAUACGAUUUAUUUUAAAUUGUCAAUUAACAUUCUCGAAUUGUGAUUGAACGUUUUUAUAAAAUUGUUGGCACAUAUUACAUAUGUAUUAUUUUGAGUUAUCUGUUAUAAGUACAGUAAAUAUAUAAAAUAUAUUUCCAUAAUUACGUUCCGUUGCUAUGUUAAUUGUGCUGUGUAUUAAUAAUAAAUUAAAUAUCCAA